UCAGACAGGCGAGGGUUCGGUGACAGCAGGAAGGUAGUCAGAGAGGCGAGUUUUCGGUGACAGGAGGGUAGACAGACAGGUGAGGGUUCGAAGUCAGGAGGGUAGACAGACAGGCGAGGGUUCGGCGACAGCAGGAGGGUAGUCAGGAGGGUAGACAGGAGGGUAGUCAGACAGGCGAGGGUUCGGCAACACUACACAGGGAGGAGAUUGUUUGGGCGAGGGACCGAACACAAGGACUAGGCAAUCUAGACAUAGGGAGAGCCAGGGACGUGGUACUUACAGUUAAGCGUUAAACAACGAUCUAGCGAUGAUUGUGGAGAACCGGCGUUGAUGUUAUGGGUGUUGAUGGAGGAUUGCCCACAGGUUUAGAGCGCUGAAUGAAUGAAGAGACUGGCCCCCACUAGGUGGCAGGAGUGGACGGCGUGACAAUGAAUCUUCAAUCCGCAGCUAGUGGAUUUCUAGCUUUCCUUCUGUUAAUACCAGCGCUACAGAGUAAAACUGACUGGAAGGUUACUUACACAUCGAGUCAUAUCUGCGCUUCAAAAGGAUCAACGGUUGAUAUCAACUGCACCUAUGAAUACCCUGCCAUCAAAUCUAAAUCACAGCUUUCUUCCAUACGCCUGGAAUCACUGUGGUUUACCAAGAUAGACAGAAAUAAGCCGGUUGAUAUAGGAAACGAAACCGACUUUAAAAGUCGGGUGGAAUACAUCUGUGGACAAAACCAAUGUACCGCGUCCAAGUGCUCUGGAGCGUGUACCCUAAGAAUCAAAGACCUGAAACCGAGUGAUUCUGCUGAGUACAAGUUCUGGAUAACGACAGCACAAACAGAUUGGGAAGAUACUAAUAGCCCUGGAGUGAACUUAACUGUGACAGAUCUGCAGGUGAAAGUGGUCGUUCUUGACAGGGACAAGCCUACCUGGCUAGACCUGGAAUGUCACAGUAUUUGUGAUAUCACUACCACCUCCUACAAGUGGUUCAGGAAUGGAGAUAAUGCAGGAACAGCAUUCACAAAAGGAACCGAAAGGUACUACAGUGGACAAGUUAAGGACGACAGGGUCAUUAUUAACUCUGAAGACAGCUAUGCAUGUGCUGUCAAAGGAUUUGAAAGUUUUCCCUCUCCUUCAGUGUAUGCUCCAAGGAUCCCCUCAGUGACCGUGAGUCCCUCUGGUGAAAUAGAGGAGGGCAGUUCAGUGACUCUGAGCUGCAGCAGUGAUGCCAACCCAGCAGCUGACUACACCUGGUUCAAGGAACAAGACGACUCAGUGGAGGAAUCAGGACAGAACUACACCCUCAGUGAUAUGACAUCUGAGCUUGGAGGAAACUAUUACUGCCAAGCACAUAAUGCAAUCGGACAUCAUAACUCCACCUGGUCGUCCGUUAAUGUGAAAGAGAGAUCCUCAUCAUCAUCAUCAUCAUCCUCAUCACCCCCAUCACCAUCAGUGAUAACAGCCGCAACUCUAGGAACUGUUCUAGUCUUCCUGGCCACCGUACUCUUCCUCAUCUUCCUCUGGUUGAGAAGAAGGAGGGCCUUCAGAAACGCACGUGACCAGGGAGGAAGGCCAGAUACCACAGAAGAGGGAGAACCAAGAGAACAGCAGUAUUCCUUCAUCAACUUCCCUCGCUCAGAGACCCAGGAAGUGCCUCACCAGUCGGCUGGCUCUCAUGUCCAAUCACAUCCGACAGAGCAGCUUUACUCUGCGGUCCAGUUUCAAAGAUCCAAUGCGGUCGAUGAGGACUGUGACCAGACAGAGUCGGGAGAAACCUCAGAGAUGUACAGCACUGUCCAAAAAAAAACCAGAGUUUGAAUCCAACAACCUUGCUGUUUGAAUCUAACAAUAAUAGGGUCCACAACAAAAGUGACCAACACCCAAUUUUAAGAUUUAAGCAAAAUGCAUGAUUCAUGACAGUGAAACGAAUUAGCCUUAUGAAGAAUAUCUAACAUAUCUAACUAUAGCAGUUCAAACAAUCAGAUAUUUACAGACAAAUAGUGUCCAAGGCGCAAACGAUAAGACACUUACCGGUACCAUGUUGAAUGCACAAAGACGUGAACUAUGAUAAAGAACUGCAGGUAAAUUACGUCAUCAAUGUGCACCAGCAUUACCAAAUGUGUCCACAUGUUUUGAGCACAAGUAGACUUUAAACCAGGCAUCUCCAAACGGAGGACCGCGGUCCGGGUCCGGACCAAGUGACGUUCCUAUCCGGACCCCUGACCAAUUUAAAAUAAUACGAUUUUUAUUUUAUUUUUUUAUGAUUUCACUAUACAAAGCAUGAUUAUGUUAAUAAAGACAUUUCUCAAUGAAAUACAAAUUAAAGGCAGAAUAGUCGUAGUACAGCAUAAAAACAGCAAAAAGCAAAGAUCUUCACAGAGCGAAGAUCAUGCACUCUCCGAACUCCCCCCCUCCCUCCGUCUCUCACGGCAUGUGCGUAAUAGCGUCACUCAAAAAAUAGCCAAUCGAAUCGUUUGUUUACGAAAGAGCGAUUUGGAAUGAGAAAAUGGCUUGCUCGAAAAUUAGGAAAGUUUACCACGAAAACAGACAUUUUAAAGAUGAAUGGGCUGAACAAUACAUGUUCAUUCUCCCGCAAGGCAGUACUAAACCUUUGUUGUGUCCCUUAUGUGUUGAAACCGUGGCGCUGAUAAAAAAGCGGGAAUAUUAAGCGGCAUUCCGAAUCCAAACACAGAUCCUUCGAGGAAAAGUAUCCCCAGAAGUCAGAAGUAGCGUGCAAAAUAUCCGAGCUGAGAACUCAGUAUGAGAGGUCGACGUGAGUCUUCACACAGGACUAUUCUGUAAUACACUAUAUAGGCUAUCGUUACUUAAAUAGAACAUCAAAUGAAAGCUCCGCUCAACACUUGACUUGGCUCUACAGGCUUAAUCAUCAGAAGUCAUGCUUGUUGUUGCACAUCUAUCAACAACAUUGAUCUAAAAGAUCGAAGACCAUUUUAUAAACAAGGUUGUAAAUAUAUAAACCUAAAUGUUAUAAUAGCCUAUCAACAACAAUGUUAUACAUAUAUCUUUUGUAUAGGGAAUGGGUUAUCCUAACAAUUCUUAGUGCUUGGCACUUCUUUCUGAGCAUCCUCCUGUACCAACAGCGAUAUAUUAUUUCUCUUUCUUCUGACAAAUGUACUUAUUGUCAGUCGCUUUGAUUAAAAUGUCUGCUAAAUGCC